AACUUUUGACAUCACAGCAAUCGGGCUUUUGGUAUAAAAUUCUGAUUUAAGCUCGAAUUUAGAAUGAAAUUGAAAUUAUUUGUGUUCAGUCGUGAUACAAAACUUCAAUGUGGAAGAUUAGCAGAAAAACCUUAUUGCAAGGCAAGACGAGCCUCACGUCAAAGACAACAGCAGCACCAGCAUCAGCAGCACUAUGCCGCCAUAGCAGUGUCAAGGCAGAGAGUGCGGUGCCACCGCAAAUACCCUCAACGGCAGAUGUGGUUAUCAUUGGUGGCGGUUCGGCAGGAUGUCAUACGUUGUAUCACUUGGCUAAGCGCGGGGUGAAAGCGGUGCUGUUGGAGCGUGCUAAACUAACAGCCGGCACCACCUGGCAUACGGCGGGCUUAAUAUGGCGUUUACGACCCAACGAUGUGGACAUACAAUUGCUGAACAACUCACGACAUAUGCUGAGACAGUUGGAAGAGGAUACCGGAUGCGAUCCGGGUUGGAUACAGAAUGGCGGCAUAUUCAUAGCACAUACAGAAAAACGUUUGGACGAAUAUAGACGUCUCGCCACUGUCGGUGAUGCUUUAGGCAUUGAAAAUCAUAUACUCGGACCAGAAGAGACACAAAAGCUAUUUCCACUACUUGAUCCGAAAUCAUUCAUUGGCGCGCUCUACUCACCAGGCGAUGGAGUUAUUGAUCCGGCCAUGUUGUGCACUGCCUUGACACGUGGCGCAGUUAAGAAUGGAGCCAGAGUUAUUGAGAAUUGUGAUGUCACCAAUCUGGUAGUCGAGGACACCUCGAAGGGCAAACAACUGAUCGGUGUGGCCACACCAUAUGGCAAUAUAAAAACAAAGACCGUAGUGAAUGCAACAGGCGUUUGGGGACGUGAUUUGGUGCAGAAGCAUGGCUCGUAUUUGCCACUUAUACCCAUGAAGCACUCGUACAUUAUUUCGGAGACCAUACCCGGCGUUCGCGGUAUACCGAAUAUACGUGAUCACGACUACUCCACUUACUUUCGAAUACAAGGCGAUGCAAUUUGUAUGGGUGGUUAUGAACCGAACCCUGUUAUAUUGGAACCGGUGGCGAAAGAUUUUCACUUCGGUCUCUACGACUUGGAUUGGUCCGUAUUUGAUGUGCAUCUGAAUGGUGCCAUUAAAUUGUGUCCUUCAUACGGGAAUUACGGCGUGAAGAGUACAAUAUGUGGUCCAGAAUCAUUUACGCCCGAUCACAAGCCACUCAUGGGUCCCGAUACAGUUAUAAAUGGUUUGUAUCAUAAUUGUGGUUUCAAUUCGGCUGGCAUGAUGUUUGGUGGUGGUUGCGGUGAACAAACAGCACUUUGGAUAAUUAACGGUAAACCCGAUUUGUCAAUGUUUAGCUUCGAUUUGCGUCGUUUUACGGUCGCACAGAAUCGUGGUACACAAUGGAUACGCGAACGUUCGCAUGAGAGUUAUGCUAAAAAUUAUAGUAUGGUCUUUAAAUAUGAUCAGCCACUUUCCGGACGUAAUUUCCAAAAAGAUCCGCUGCAUAAGGAUAUGUUGGCGCAAAAUGCCUUCAUGGAAGAGAAGCAAGGUUGGGAGCGACCCGGCUUUUUUAUGAAACAAAAAGCGGAGGUGCUCCCUUACGAUUGGUAUGGUAGUUAUGGCCACACGAGGCAUGCCGAACGUGCUUACGAAGACGUGCUUGAGGGUGAUUUAAAGUACUCGGAGUUUUCGGAUCAUCAUAAAUUGAUAGGCGAAGAGGCACUGGCUUGCCGAAACGCCGCCGCCAUCUUUAAUAUGAGCUAUUUUUGCAAAUUGGUUAUGUCUGGGCCGGAUGCACAAAAGGCCGCUGACUGGAUCUUUAGCGCGAAUACUAAUCGUGAUGCUAAUAAAACCGUUUACACCUGCGUGCUCAACAACAGUGGCGGUGUGGAAGCUGAUGUUACCGUAUCACGUCUCAGUUCUGGCACUGGCGCAGUGCAUGAUCCGAAAUUUACCGGUCAAGGAUAUUACAUUGUGGCUGGUGGUGCCUCCGCUUAUUACACCUACUCUACGCUACUCGCUGAGAUACGCGAAAAGGGCUUCAAUGUCACAUUACGUGACGUAACCAGUGAUUUGGGUGUUAUAUCCAUACAGGGUCCACGUAGUCGCGAUAUACUUCAACGCAUAAUUGACUGUGAUCUCUCGAAUGAGAGCAUACCACCGAAUGGCACACAAGUGACAAGUGUGAAAUGUCCAACAAGUAAGGACGCACAAGUGGGUGUGCGCGUUUUGCGUGUGAGUUUCGUGGGUGAGCUUGGCUAUGAGCUGCAUGUGCCCAAAGAACAUUGUUCUGCUGUCUAUCAAUCACUCUUGGCUGUGGGUAAGCCCGAUGGCGUACGUAAUGCUGGCUAUCGUGCACUCUACUCGUUGAGCAGCGAGAAGGGCUAUCAUUUGUGGAGUUUCGAUUUAAGACCCGACGAUACACCCAUUGAAGCGGGCCUUUCGUUUACGUGCCGCAAAAAUGGUGACUACAAAGGCAAAGCGGCCAUUGAGCGACAACGUAAGGAGGGUAUUAGACGCCGUUUAGUUUAUUUAACGUUGAACGAACAAGUACCCAUUUGGGGUUUGGAAGGUGUGUAUCGUAAUGGUGAAGCGGUCGGCUUUCUCCGACGUGCGGAAUAUGGUUAUGCUUUGGAAAAAUCAAUUGGUCAGGCGUAUAUCAGUCGCAAGGAUGGCGAAAUCAUAGAUAAUGAUUACGUAACACAGGGCACGUAUGAGGUGGAUAUUUUGGGGAAACGAUAUAAGGCUGAGUGUCAUUUGAGAAGUCCCUUCGAUCCAGAAAGUAAUCGCGUAUUGGGCAUUUAUUAAAUGUGUACGAAGUACUUAGUACUUUGAUUUUUAAGAAAAAAGUGGAUAAAUUGUAAUUUAUGAAUGUUGGUUAUGUCGAAAUGAGAGUUGAAGAAAUUUUAUUAAAUAUUUUUUAUAUUAA